AUGGAGGCCGAUCAACCCACAUCCACCGACUCCUCACGGCAGAAUUCGGCCAUACUCAAGAUUAUCCACUGGGACAAGCUCUUCGAAUCAGACAGCCCUCCAAGGUUAGGCCUUGAGGUUGGCAAGCGAUUACCAUAUGCUACUAUGUCUGCGUUCUCCACUGGACUGGCGAUGGGAUAUUACCAUGGCAGCAAAAGAGCAGGGCUUGUGUUUCGGGCCGAAAACGCACAUCGUUUCCCUACGACAUCAACGGGGUGGUUCCAGUACCAUAAAACGAAAAACUAUAUUGGUGUGGUUGGUGGGGUCAAGGACGGUAUGAAGCUGGGAAUGAAGCUUGGUGCUGGUGCCCUUGCUUUCUGUUUGUUUGAGGAGACUGUGGAUUAUGCUCGCCAUGACGAGCGAGACUUCUUGUCGACAGUCACUGCUGGGCUGUCAUUCUCCGGAAUAUACAGCUUGCUUGCUCGUCAUGAUGUCUAUACCGCUGCUCGCGCAGCAAAGCUUGGGUUGAAAUUGAGCUUGACCUAUGGUCUUUUGCAAGACGCCCUUGCGAGUCUGAAAGGAAACCGGCCGACCUACAUCGACUUCUUGCUUGGCAACCGCCGGUCUCGGGCUAAGAAGGAAGCCUUGGAAGGAUCAAUCUGA